AUGAAAUACAUAUCCAGUCUGCUUCUGUUAUCCUCUCUAUUCGGCUCCGCCAUCGGAUGCUUACCAGGUCUUGGACUUGGUGGAGGUGGAGGAGGAUGUUGCAGUCCUGCCCAACCAGCCUGUGGAAAUCCAUGUGGAGGUGGAGGUGCUGCUCCAGCCCCAGUCUACGCUGCUGCUCCAUUGGCUCCAGCUCCAUUCGCUGCCUAUCCACAAGCUCCAGCUGCUCCAUUCCAUCAAGGAGGCUACCAACCACAACAACCACAAUAUGGUGGAGCUAACGGAGGCUUCCAACAACCACAACAGUUCCAACAAGUCCAAGGAGGAUACGCUGGAGCUCAUCAAGGAGCAAACUACGGUUCCAUUCAAACUGGAGCCGUUUCAGCUGGAGGAGCUUAUCAAGCCGAGCCAGCCCAACAAGUCCAACCAUUGCCAUUGCUAGGACAACCUGUGGCUUACGAGAAAAGCGUCAUUGUUGCGCCAACACAACAACAGGAACAAGUACUGAGUACGGCGCAGGUUCUCACCAAGGUCAUGCCAGCUAGUGCUGUUUUGGACGAGCAUGUUGCCGAGCCAGCCGUCGCAUCUCCAAAUAAUAUUGUGACCUCAAUUAACACUCAAACUUCUUACGGAGAUGAGCAUCAAACUGCAACCGAGACACACAACGUUCAACCACAACAACAAGCUCUCCAUCGUCCAGCGGCUUCAUCCUCUUCUUCUUCCUCAUCUUCUGCCUCUUCUUCUGCCGAACAUCACCCGACUCACCAAGUCCGUGUUCCAUCUGCAUCCACUUCCAUCGAGUCGAAUAAGCAACGUGUUGUUCCUGAAUCUGUCAUCGUCAAGGAAAUCGUGCAAUCCUUCGAAACCACGACUCCAUAUCCAAAACAAGUGGCUCUUCAAACUGUUGCACCAUUUGUGCCACAGCCAGCGCAACCAGUUCAACCACAAGUUUCUCAACCAGUAGUCCCACACGUUCCAUCCGUUUCACAUGUUCCAUCCGUAUCUGCUCCAGUCGCAACAUCAGCUCCAUUUGUUCCAGAAACCUUUGUUGAGCCAGUCCAACCAGUUCAAACCAUCCAGCCAAUUCAACCAGGUCCAAUUCGUCCAGCUCCUCUUCAACCAGCUCACAAUGUUCAAGUCUCUGUUCCAGAAGCCACUCAAGCCCCAACCCACUCUUUCAUCCCGGAAACUAAGGUUGUCGCUGAAGAAGACAGAAUCGAAGCCACUGGAGGAUCCGACUAUGAUCAGCCUUCAAAUGUUCCAAGUUCCAACAUUCCAAGCAACGAGCAAGAUACGGUUAACGAGCUUCUGGCUUCUCUUGAUUCUUCUUCGUCUACUCCAGCCAGCAACUUGGACUUCAAUCAGGUCACAAUUGAGCCAAACACCAACCAACAGACAGAGACAGCCCACAUUCAAACAGACGGAGACGAUUAUGACUCAGUUCCAUUGAACGAAGAUCGCAAAGAUGUGCCAACUGCUGAGCCAACCCACAAUGCUGCUCCAUCAAACCCACAGCCAGUAGCUGUUGUUCCAGAGGAGACUGCCCCAAUCAUUCCACAACAAAUCCAACCAAUUGAGACAUACCAACCACAAGGCACCUCCGCUCCAGUUGCUGAGACAACCGUCGGAUACGUGGAACCACCAAAAGCUCAUCAACCAGAAAUCCAUCUUCAACCAGUUGCCCCAGCUGUUCGUGUAGAAGCCACUACCACAGUUCCAGCUCCAACCAUCAAAUUUGAAUUACCAAUUGAAGUUCAUGAAGUUGUGACUCCACAAGUUCCACUUCAACCAGAACCAGCUGUCAUCCAAACUGUCACCGAAAAACCAAUUGCUGAAGUCACCGUUGAAGUCCUUCCAACAUCAGCUGCUCCAGUUUCUCAAUUCUUCGAGAAUAUCACAUCUCGUGAAGAGAACCACGAUGAGUCUGCUCCAACCCAGCCGGAACCAUCUGUACCAGCACAAACAUCCAAUGGAGCCGAUUAUGAUGAGAAAUCUGUGGAGAAUAAGGUUUCCACGGAAACCGAAGUGGUUCCAAACCUUGGAGAGUACGGAAGCAAAUUCGCAAAGGUACAAGGAGCCGAGACGAAACAAGUGAGUGAGCCAAUUCAAAUUGAAACCAUCGAGAACGCCAAUCCAUACGGAAGAAAAUACUGGAUCUUCUAA